CAACAACAUACCGUUUUUACUCGAAUAAGAGCUCCGGCGCUUAUUAUAUUUUUUUUCGACUCUCAGACGGGGCGCUUAUUCGGGGGAGGUGCUUAUUGAUCAAGGCUUUUGAUCUGGUUAACCCCAAGUCGUACUGCAAAUAAUUCACAGUCCAUCAGCUAUAUGAAAAAUCACUCGUAUCGAUUUCGAGGCGACGGCAGAGGGAACGCGUUGCUGUACAAACUCGCAAAUGCACAUACCUGUACCGAUACCCAUACCUGUACUCAAGAUGUUGGCCUCUUCUCCCAAGUGGAGCACCAAAUCUCCCGCUUUUUAGCGAUUUUUAUCGCUCCAGAAAAAUCCUUUUCUAGAAAAUCGACAUUUUGUCUAUUUUCUAUCAGUAAUGAAAAAUAAUAAUUCCCCGUGUAGCGCCAUUUAUUGAACACGCACGCAAGAUACUUCCCUGCUCAGGGCUCCCACAGUCAGGGAAAAGUCAGUGAAAUUCGAUUUUUUUUCAAGGUCAGGGAAUUGUCAGGGAAUUAUGAUUUAAGUCAGGGAAAUUUGAUAAUUCUCAAAAAGUCAGGGAAAAGUCAGGGAAUAAUUCUUAUUUUUCAAAAAUCAUUAUUAUGAAUUGUGUUGGCGAUAAUCAAGCAACCUCACUGUUAAUUAAAAGUUUCAAAAAUCGCAAUACAUCAGUAUAAACGAAUUAUCCUAUGUGGUUUUCCUGUGGAGGAAAAUGAAGUGGAGGACUGGGUCUGAAUUAUGUCGGCCAUCUUGUUGCAGUAUUGGAAAGCACGUGGAGAUGAGUAAGCGAACUGUAUUUAAUAAUCUAUGGCUUCAAGACCCACUAUUUCCUUGGGUUGCACAAGCUCAGGAAUCAACUAAAGCAAGGUGUAAAAUGUGCUCUGUUACAUUUGAGCUUGGAAAUAUGGGAAAACAAGCACUGAUAAGUCAUGCUAAAGGCAAAAAACAUCUUAGGAGAGUUGCUCCAUCGACAUAAACAAGUUUCUUUGAACUCUUUUGUCACUGUGCAAAAGCAAGAAUCCGAACAAAAUUCUUCAGCAGCAGAAAGGACAAUGACUGUACCACCUCCUCCCGUCGAUCUUUCUCAAGUUGCCAGUUCAUCUGAUUCAUCUAAAGGCACAAUUAAAAAGUAUGUUACCAAAGAUGAAACUCUAAAAGCAGAGGUGCUGUGGGCUAUAAAAGUCCUCAUGUCUCACUAUUCCUGUAAUAGUAGUGCAGGCACUGACAAGCUAUUUUCCAAUAUGUUUCCAGACAGUGUAAUUGCCAAACAGUUCCAAUGUGGAGCAACAAAGUGUUCAUACUUGAUUUGUUUUGGCAUUGCCCCAUUUUUUCAUGAUGAAUUAAUGAAAAGACUUCAAGAGCAAGGAACAAUGUAUGUUAUCUCAUUUGAUGAAUCGCUGAAUAAAGUGAUCCAGAAAGAACAGAUGGAUUUGAUUGUGCGCUUUUGGGAUGUUCAGAAGAAUAAAGUUGUAUCAAGAUACAUUGAUUCCCAGUUUCUUGGUCACACAAGAGCUGCAGAUUUACUUCAAAGUUUCAAGCUAGGUCUACAAAAGCUGAAUCCUGCAAACCUUGUGCAGGUAUCGAUGGAUGGUCCUAAUGUUAACUGGAAAUUUCUUGAAGACCUAUUAGAAGAUAGAGAACAAACUGAUCCAGAUCUUCCAAAGCUCAUUAAUAUUGGUGCCUGUGGGUUACAUGUGGUACAUGGGGCUUUUAAAUAUGGAGCUACAGCCACAGGCUGGCGUCUUGAUAAACUUCUGAGGUCUCUCUGGUACACUUUUUCAGACUCACCAGCAAAAAGAGAAGAUUAUGAAGCCAUUUCUGGAAGUUCCAUGUGGCCACUACGAUUUUGUGGAACAAGGUGGCUGGAAGAUUUGCCAGUGGCAGAACGAGCAGUGGCUAUCUGGCCAAAUAUCAAGAAAUAUGUUGACGAGGUGUCAAAGCUACCAAAGAGCAAAAUUCCUACAAGCCAAUCUUUCAAAAAUCUACAGGCAUUUGUACAAGAUCCACUCAUUGUUGCCAAACUUGAGUUCUUUAUUAGUAUCGCACGCAUUCUUGGGCCUUUUUUGAAGAAAUUCCAAACCGAUCAGCCCAUGGUCCCCUUUCUUACACAAGAUGUACAAACCAUACUUGAAGCAAUCCUUUCCAAGUUUGUUAAGAAGUCUGUGCUUCAAGAGGCAACAACAUGUGCUAAGCUUGCUAACAUUGAUGUUAGCAAGUCUGACAAUCUUCUACCACCAAGGAAGGUAGAUGUAGGUUUUGCUGCGAAGAUGUCAGUGCAUAAGAUGGAAAGUACUAAGCAAGCCACACCUCUACAAAUCCUGGAAUUCCAGAAUAAUUGCCUUGAAUUUCUGAAACAAUUAUCUAGCAAGGUAAUGGACAGAUCUCCUCUAAAGUACAAGAUGGCUAGGAAUCUGGUGUCUUUAAAUCCUAUUUACAUGGCAUCAAACCCUGAAGCAGCAACAACCAGAUUCUCCAAUGUCCUUCAGCAACUGAUAUCGCAUAAAAUGAAAUCUACCCAUUGUUGUGAUAUUGCUCUACAGCAGUACAAGGCAUUCCUUGCUGAUGUGGAGAGAUACAGUAAGGAGGACUUCAAGUCCUACCAGUCAUCAGACAAAGCACUUGAUGUCUUCCUAGCAGAGUACUUUCACCAGAAACCACAGUAUGCAGACCUUUGGCAAACAGUAAAGAUGCUGCUUAUCUUGUCCCAUGGUCAAUCCUGUGUUGAAAGAGGAUUCUCUGAUAACAAGGAUAUCGUGAGCAACAAUAUGCACCAAGACACGCUUGUUGGAUUUCGCAGAGCUCACAGUGGUGUCAAAAGUCUGGAAUGUCCAAUUGAAGAUUCUAUCACAACUGAGCUGCUUACAUCUUGUAAAUAUGCUAGUAACAGAUACAGACAAUCUUUAGCAGAGAAGAAAUCAAUUGAGGCAAAAACCCAUAAAGAAAGCUUGAAAAAAAAAGUCGAAGAAGACAUCAAGCAAGCAAAAAAGAAAAAACAAAAGCUUGAAACUACAGCUACUGCUCUUCUGAAAGAAGCCGAUGACCUUGCUACUAAUGCAGAAAUGAAGGGAGACUUUAGCAUUCUUGCAAAGUCGAACGCCUUGCGGGUAAAAUCAAAAGAAAAGAGGAAGGAAAUAGAGAAGGAAGAACAAAAUAUUGAUCUUCUACAGAAGAAGCUGAAAUCCUUUUGAAAAGACGUUAAGUCAAAAUCUCACAAUCUUGAGACACUAUUGCUUUGUUGCUGUUAUUGAAAUUAUAGAUUAUUCAUUAAAAGUAUUCAUAAGA